UUAGAACACAACAAGAAGAGAUGAUAUGUUACAUGUUUAACACAUAGUGCGUUGCAUCAAUCCAACAGUUUACAGUUAAAUCAGAGGUUUAAAAAGAGUUAUUUCUUAUGAAGACGCAAAAUAUUCAGACCGCUUCCAGUGCUUCUAAUAAGCUAAGAUACACUCAACGAGUAACGUUAACUCACAGUCUCUAGCAAAAUACAUUUUAAACAAAACCAUAGACUAUCAUCUUGUCAUUAUGAAGAAUAAUGAAAACAUUGGAACAUGUUGGAAAGAGUAGCGUCCUGACCGUCACCGUACACACGCAUGCUGACUGGAGAUUGACAGACAACACCAGCGGAGAGAACGGUUCCUGUCCAGUGUUUUCCUGCUCUGUGUGUUCAUUGUCAUACACGGCUCAAACUUAUCUCCACAAACAUAUGAGAAGAUGCCAUCAUGAGGAGUGUGACAAAAUGCUGAAAUGUGGAGAGAUUGACAGUGAGGACAUGGUACCUAAGACGACCUUGAAAACAGAACAUGUAUCAUCUGAUAAUCUCUGCUCUGCCACUCAGAACGAACUAAAACACAGAGAAGGCAAGGAGAAAACUCACCAUUGUGCAGAUUGUGGGAAGAGUUUCUCUUGGUCAAGUCAUUUUAUUGCACACAAGCGCACACACACAGGAGAGAAGCCGUAUUGCUGCUCCCAGUGUGGGAAGAGUUUCUCUCGGUUAGGUGAUCUCAAUGUACACCAGCGUAUACACACAGGAGAGAAGUCGUAUCACUGCACACAGUGUGGCAAGAGUUUCUCUCAUUCAAGUCAUCUCAGUAGACACCGACGCAUGCACACAGGAGAGAAGCCGUAUCUCUGCACACAGUGUGGUAAAAGUUUCUCUCAGUUGGUUAAUCUCAGUAGACAUCAGCAUAUACACACAGGAGAGAAGCCAUAUCACUGCUCACAGUGUGGGAAGAGUUUCUCUCUGUUAAGUCUUCUUACUAUACACCAGCACACACACACAGGAUUAAAGCCAUAUCACUGCUCACAGUGUGGGAAAAGUUUCUCUCAUUCUUCCAAUCUCCGUGUACAUCAGCGCAUACACACAGGAGAGAAGCCGUACUGCUGCACGCAAUGUGGCAAAACGUUUUCAGAGUUAAGUCGUCUUAGUAGACACCAACAAACACAUACAGGACAUAAGCUGUAUCCUUGCUCACAGUGUGAGAAGAGUUUCUCUCGGUCAAGUCAUCUUACAAGACACCAGCGCACACACACAGGAGAGAAGCCGUAUCACUGCUCACAGUGUGGGAAGAGUUUCUCUCAGUCAAGUCAUCUUAGUGUACACCAGCAAACACACACAGAGGAGAAGCUAUAUCACUGCACACAGUGUGGAAAGAAUUUCUCUCGGUCAAGUCACCUUAGUAGACACCAGAAAACACACACAGGAGUGAACCUCUAUUACUGUGUACCAUGUGGAAAGAGUUUUAACAGGUUUAUUGGUCUUCAAAGACAUCAGCAGAAACACAAAUAAGUCAUAUCACUGCUUAAAGAAGAAACUGAUGUCACUAUUCAUGCAGGUCACUUAUCAGAACAUAAAUAGAAUUGUGAGUUACCUUUCUGUCACUUACUCAACGUUGUGUAGAUGACUUUAUACUAGGGGUUCGAUCUUAAGAGACCAAUCACUCGGUUUCCUUCUAAACAGUGCCAUGAGAGUUAGCGAGUGGGAUUUUUGGGCCUGUCUCCGCCCCAGUUAUCUGGGUAUAAAAGAGGUUUGUUCUUCAGAGCAGAUCUGUGCAUGCUAUUGCAUUACUCUGCUUCUCUGUUUGGGGCAUUCCCCCUGGGACAUUAUGUGUGCUGGUCUCUUUUUUUUAAUCAACGGACCACUUUGGAUGUUCCCUGGGCUGCUGUUUGUGCUGCAGAUGUGCUUAAAAGGAUACUCCACAGUAGCAUGAUAAUUAAGAUGACAUUCUGCCAGUUACGUUGCUGUCUCUGGGCGGGAGUCAUAAAGCUUAAUUUGAGUUCUGAAGAUGAACGGAGGUCCUAGGGUUAUCGUACGACUUAAGGCUGAGUAAUUCAGGACAGAAUUUCCAUGCUACAGAGUAUCCCUUUAAGAGCAAUUUGGGAAAUACAAUAGAGGUUUUUUUGCUGAGCGAGUCCUCCUGUUUCCCUUCACACUCAUGCAAAUUUGUCUUAAUCCUGAGUUCUCAACAUUACAGAUAAUCCUCCGUCUGGUGGAUUUAUUUUCAUGUUUGGGUUUGGGAGGAUGAUGACCCGUCACAGCAUUGAAAGGUGGGUUCCCACCAUCAUAGGCAGACAACUUGCAUUCCCUGUGCAGAGCUUUUCUUGGGAUGCAGAGAGUUUCUACGGACAGAAGUACCCUUAGAACAAGUAUUGAGGCGUGUUGCAUGUCGUCACAACAGACACAUUGAACAUGGUCUGUCGGAUGCCGCGAGUAUACAAUUUCUGGGCCCCACACAUGGCCUCACCAACAUUGGCAUAUCUAACUGUCUGGAGUUAUUGGCAGUUUUGCUUGCCUUGUGGAGGCUGUGGACUUUGAUUCAGGAAGAGCAUGUGUUCAUCCAGCUAGAUAUCACCAUGUGUGUAAAUAAAUCACGAUGGAGGUUUCCGCUCCCGUUGCUUUUUGCCAUUGCAACUCGCCUGCCACUUCCACCUAUAGAAUCAGCAGAGGUUGAAGUCUUAACGACUCACAUCCCAGGCAGCCUCAAUCAGGCAGCGCAUAUGCUUUCAUAUAGAGGGUUAGAGCCCCCUCUAUAAGGCAUCUCUUAUUUGGAGUGGUAUCUUUUCGUGGACUGCUGCUCUUCCCUUGGGGCAGACCCACAGAGAUGCUCCGUCGUGUCAGUGUUUAUACUUUUUACUGAAAGAAUUUGAGUAAUGGCUGUCUUCCUCCACCCUGAAGGUCUAAGUGCCUACUAUUGUGGCACAUCAAGCUAUGCUGGAUGGGAAAUCCUUAUGCAAGCAGCACCUUAUUUUCAGAUUUCUCCCAGGCCUGGCUUCUUUUGUGCUUGUGGUCCUUUAGAGAGCUCUUUUUAAGGCCUUAGCUUGAUAAAAGUUUAGAGCCCUAUUUCAAAAGAUGGUCUCCUGAUGGCGCUUACUUCUAUAAAAAGUGUUAGGGAUAUACAAACAUUCUCUUUGUUUAGCAGGUACCUAGAGAUUUUUGCAUAUAAUUUUAUGAUAUAGAUUUCCUUGUUGGUAGUCCCAUAUGAGGUAUUUCUGCUGUCUAGUUUUCCUGUCUUCCUCUAGACAGAGACCUAAUCUGUUUUCUCCAGUGAGGCUGGUUGGUGCAUCCUUUCGGCAGUACUUUGUUCCGGGGUUCAGCCAGAUGUGUUACCUACUGUGGUAUAAAGUGCAUCUGUGGUAUUUCCACAUGUAAACUCCCCUUGGGUGCUGUAAUUCCACACUUUCCCAGCACAUUUGGUUAGUAGGUUUCUCUGCAGUUACUACAUGGAAGCCUUUCCCCCCACUCAGAGUGACAGUCCUGAAAUCGGAAACUUUGUCAAAUUCUGUAAUAAAAAACAAUAAUUAUGCACAGUGCAGGUGUUAUCGUGUUGAAGCCAAAGCAGGAUAAAACAGUUGCUGCUUGAGUGCAUGCUUAAAAAAAGUUGUUUGAUUUCACUGAUGGCAACUACCUAAAGCACAUCUCAUACCUGGCUAUCAAGAGUGAAUUUAGCCUCCAGGACCUCCAUGAAGCAGCUGAGGCACUAAAAACCGCUUUAAACUGGACAUGAACCAGCAGUAUAACAAUUGUAAAUGAGUAAAUUAUCUCUCUGUUGUGUCAAAAUCACAUCUACUGUCCUGCAAACAAGCCUUAGCCAGGUUUAGGGGUAACCCUACCCCUGUUCCUACCCCCAUGUUUUGAAAAAUGUAUGGUGUCAUAUUAAGAGAUAAUGUCAACAGUCUUUUAGAUCCUCUUCAAUUUGCAUAUAGAAAAAGAAGAGGUACAGGCGAUGCGAACAAUAGUCUGAUGCACCUGGUUUUAAGUCAUUUGGAGGAUUCAGAUGCUUAUGCUAGAGCACUUUUUAUAGAUUUUAGUUCACCUUUUGACACCAUUCAACCAUUUGUUUUAAAGGCCACGUUCCCCGCGAUUGCAUUUUUCAACCUUUAGUUAGUGUGUAAUGUUGCUGUUAGAGCAUAAACAAUACCUGCAAAAUGAUAAAGCUCAAAGUUCAAUGCCAAGCGAGAUAUUGUCUUUAACAGAAUUCGCUUUUCAAGGACUACAGAGAACGGCUGGAAUCGGACUACAGCCCUUUACUUCCUGGGGACAUGAUGUCACUAUUCUGAGUUUUUGAAAAAGCCCAAAGGAAUACUCAAAGAAAUGGCGACGGGGUAACUGCAAGUCGGAGAACUGGGCAUGUCGAAAGGUGGGGGCAGGACGAAAGAUAGGGGGCAUGUCGAAAGGUUUUUCAUUGGUCAAAGGUGCCCUUUUCUUCCCAACUCAGUUGACCAAUAACCACACACAUACGUCAUUUCUUUUAAACAGGAAGAAGAUCGCAAUAAGGUGUGUAAUGCAAAGGUUUCAAAUUGUAAAUUUGUGAUCAUAAGCCCUUAAAAACUAAAUUAAAUUUUAUCAGACAAGUCUGUGUUUUUGCUAAAUUGCUUAAUAAUAAAUUACAGAAGGUAGGCCUAAGUAAAUAGCUCUUACUCAUCUAGAAGCAGCUGUCGUUAUGUUUUAUGAGUAUUUCAGUCUUUUUCAGUAUAUGUAUUUCAGUAUAUGUUUUAUGAGUAUUUCAGUCUUUUUCAGUAUAUGUAUUUCAGUAUAUGUUUUAUGAGUAUUUCAGUCUUUUUCAGUAUAUGUAUUUCAGUAUAUGUUUUUGUUUACAUACACUAAAUCAUAGUUGUAGUAAAAUGGUAGAAAUGCCUUUUACAGUAUGACAUGUUGUUAUUCUAUCAUGACACCAAGGAAAGUAAAUUAUUAUGAACUUAACGCUAGAAACGCUAGUGCAGUUACAAGUGUUAUUAUUUUAGAGACAUUGUACCACCCUUUAAAUAAUAAUUGUAAUUCACAUUUGAUUGUGACACUUAUCAGCUGUUCCUUAAAUAUCAGUUAUUUCUAAAUAGUUCAAAUCAAAUAUGUGUAUCCCCUGUACCUUAAUUUUACAUUUACAAUAAAAUGCAAUAUAACAUUAACACCUGCUUCUUUUAGUUUCAUUUUAAAUAGUUAAGGUAAUGUGAUUAUUUUCAUUUUAAUCAAAUACAAAACACAUUUUAUUGUAAAGUAUAAGAAGUACUUUGCACAAUAGAGAAAAACAAUUCAGUCAAAAGUACACAGGCAGUGCUCCAAAUACAUACAGCCAGGCUGUGUAUAUGAAACUGACUGACCUCAGUCAAAAUGAUUAGUCUCGAAAGAUUCAUCAGACCAACGAUUGCCCAUUAUGAAAUGUAACCAAAACUAGGCUAAUAAUCCUAUUACCACUUAAGUGAUAUUAGAGUCAGCGGUCAAUUUGAGGUGUAUUUGCUGCUAUCAAGUUGUUCUUGGCGGCGCUAACAGCCCGGUGAUCACGGAGAACUCACACAUUAGAUUCGCGUCGAGGCCAAUUUUAAAAUAGGCACUAGUAUCUUUAUAAAUCAACUGCAGAUUCUUGGUUUCAUAUUUAAAAUCUUCGAUACAAAAACACCACAGUGAAAAAGUGGCUUUAGAUGUAGGCCAAUAGUGUUUAAGAUGAUGUUGAACAGGCAGCAUUCGUGUCCAAUUGAAAAGACCUUUCGGCACUCCCCCACGUUUCGACACGCCCAUUUCUCCAACCUGCAGAGACCCCUACUUGAAAAAAUGGGCGAGGCCUUUCUUAAAGAAGAGGAAGAGCCGCUGGAGUAGUGCUGGUUCUCACUCAGAGAUUGUAAACAUUUAACUGAGCUACUCGCUAAACUACUUUCACUUUCAGCCUGAGAAGCGGAAGCUCUCUGAUAUGGUAUGGGUGGGACAGCUUUACAAACACGCUCUAAGUGGGGAACCAAUCACGACAGACCGGGUCAGCUUUACAAAUCAGAGCGUUUCGGAAGGAGGGACUUUAUAUAGACCGGUAGAAAUCCUGUCGUUUUGUUAGAAGAGGGACAGCGGUCAACAAUAGACUUGAAAUAUAAAGCGGUUUUUUUAUUAGAAACAUGAACAUCCAUUGUUAAACACCCAAAAAACAAUCAAAGCCUCAAAAACAGCGAAGACUGGCUCUUUUAAUGAAUAAAUUAAGGUAGUUAGAUGUAAGUUCUGCAAUUAUGCACUGGUAUCACUCCUUUUUAACUAACAGGACCCAGUGAGUCAAAGUUAAUAACGUUUAUCUCAAAUAAAAUACUGCAGUACUGGUGUCCCAUAGGGUGUUGUUAGUUCUCCAGUCCUCUUUACGCUGUUUACUAAUGAGUUCAUACGCUUGUUCUUGUCCAUAAUCAAGAGAUUUCACACGAACAAUCAUACAAGUAUCUAGGAGUGUAUAUUGACAAAUCUCUCGCGUGGGAAACCCAUGUUAACUGGGUGUGUGAAAGGCUUUAUCAGAGACCGUACUUUCUCAGAAGAUUACGGAUGUAUGGAGUAGACAGGAAAAUCAUGUUUCUCUUUUAUCAGUCUUUAUUAGAAAGUGUUAAUAGGUACGGCUUGUCCACUUGGUAUGGUAAUCUCUCGGUAAAAUCCAAAUCAAAGAUACUUUAUAUUGUUCGAACUGCUACAAAGAUUAUUGGUCUAAAUGACUAGUAUUCAAGCUCUGUAUGAGCUAUGUACAUUGAACGAGGCCAAAAGGAUUUUAAAUGACCUGUCUCAUGUACUUCACUCUUGCCCUCUGGAAGGAGAUUCAGAACAUCUCGUUACAAACUAAACAGAUUUAAGAACUCCUUUAGAGAACCACUAAAGUCAAAUCAUCAUUUUUAUUGGUUUUUAUAUUAUUGAAUCUUAAAUUACUUUUGUUCCUUUUUGUUGUAUAUUUCAGUUCUUUAAGAAAAUGAUUUGUCAAUGUGAAUUCUGAUUUGAAAAUAAAUGUUAUUUGAAUUUUUAUUUUCACAUUUUAUUCACAAACCUAAUCAUGGACCAUGUAUAGAAUUGUUAGCUCAGUGUAUUGUUUCAUCCCUAUUGAGUACUAUAUGUAAUUCUACUGCUUAAGUUUUGGUAAACUGCACACCAAGAAGGCACCAUAGGACACUUGCCUUUUUUGUCUGCUUUGAACUGGUUUCUUGUGCCUAAUAAAUCCCAUUACUUGACAGAUGACAUUGUAACAAUACAACCAUGUGUAAAUUACCAACAUAAAUUUCCAUGCUUUCUAACUGUCUGGCCAUUCUUUUAUGACAACAGUGUUAUGUGUUUACAUCAAGUGAAAUCAGCCAACAGGCACCAAGCAGACCAGUUGGAGUCUCUAAUCGCCAUGAUUGGCUCAGCAAAGGUGAAGCAAAAGUUGUUUCCUGGAGCACAGUUUGAAACUCUUCGAAUCCAACUGGACUGCAUUCAGAAGAAGGGAUUUACAGUUAAAGACCCA